UGAGCCCCCCGCCCCAGCUCCCCCAGUUCGCCGCCGCUUUCCUGGGAGCCACAUCGACUCUUCCCGGUGUCCCGGUGUCCCGAGAGGCCAUGGAUGGAGCUCGGAGUGUCCCCCUGAUGCCUCUGCUGCUGCUGGGGCUGACCCUGCCCGCGGCUUGGGGGGUCCAAGUGUCCCACCAGAUCAUCCAGACGGAAUACUACCAAAAAUCCCUGGAUUCCUCGGUGGAAGAGGGCGGCGAGUUCAUGUUCGACUUCGACGGCGACGAGAUUUUCCACGUGGAGCGGGAGCAGACGGUCUGGAGGCUCCCGGAAUUCCAGGAAUUCGCCAGUUUCGAGGCGCAGGGGGCGCUGCAGAAUAUCGCGAUAGACAAGCAGAACCUGGAGAACUCCAUGAAGGCUUCCAACAAUUCCCGAAUCCCCAGCGUGCCCCCGGAGACCGCGGUGUUCCCCAAGCACGCGCUGCAGCUGGACGAGCCCAACGUGCUCAUCUGCUACGUCAGCAAGUUCUGGCCCCCCGUGUCCUCCAUCUCCUGGCUCCGGAACGGCCUCCCGGUGUCCGAGGGGGUGCUGGAGACGGUGUUUUAUCCCGGGCCCGACAACACCUUCCGGAAAUUCUCCUACCUGCCCUUCAUCCCCCGCCGCGGGGACUACUACGACUGUCGAGUGAGGCACGAGGGGCUCGCCCAGCCCAGCAAGACUCACUGGGAGCCCCAGGUGCCCCCUCCCGUGUCCGAGACCCUGGGGACGGUGAUCUGCGCCCUGGGAUUGGCCUUCGGCAUCGUCGGCAUCGCCUCCGGCACCGUCCUCUUCCUCCGCGCCCGCAGGAUGAAGCGGGGCCGCCUCGCGGGGGGGAUGCUCUAAAAGGGGGGUCCCCCAAAGAAACCCCCAAAAUCUCUCUCCCACCCCCACCCCACCCUGCCCUUUUCUCUGCUUGGCAUCCCCAGGGAUCCGGAGGGAUCCAAUGGGAAUUUCCUGCCCUCCUACUGCUUGUCCCCCCUCCCCGAAGUGACCCCAAAGAGCGACCCCAAAAUGACCUAAAAGUGAUCCCAAAGAGUGACUAUGAAGUGACCCCGAAAGGACCCCCAAAUAACCCCAAAUUGUGACCCCGAGGGGACUCUGAAGGGAGACCCUGAAGGGACCCCAAAGUGACCCCAAAAUGAAUCCAAAGAGUGACCCCAAAAUAACCGCAAAGGGACCCCGGUGUGACCCCAAAUUGUGACCCCAAAGGGACCCCAAAGUGUGACCCCAAAUUGUGACCCUAAAAGUGACCCCAAUAAAGCGAGGAAGGGGGGAGGGGAAAGGGGUGAUCCCGAAUUCCUCCCCGCUUUUGGAAUGUGACAGCA